AAGAUUUUGAAAGACUUCUACAUCUGUUACGUAUAUGUCCAAAUGAAAGAACACCGAAGGACAUUCUGCAGAUACAAUUGUGUUUGAAGACAAACAGAGCCUUUCACAGCUUCCCCAGCAAUGCACAACAGAAGCUUUGCCAAGCUUUCAUCUACCAAAAGUACGUAGCUGGAACAGUCAUUAUGAAACAAGGACAUAUGGCAACUGAAUGUUACUUACUGUUGUCUGGCAAGCUGAAAUUUAUGAUAACUGAUGAAAAAUGUGAAAAUGGGAUUUUAGCCUCCAAAGCAUUGUAUGAACUGGAAGACGAAGAUUUCAUAGGGGAAACCUGUCUAUUGACAAACACGAGACGUCCUGCUUCAGUUAUUUGUAAAUCUGAUACCGAACUUCUUGUGAUUGACAAAAAGGUUUUUGAAUGUGCUCUUGCCAGCAUAAGGUAUGAACAGUACCAUGCAACUUGCCGCUUUUUAAGGAAACUUCCACUCUUCUCUACCUGGCCAUCAGAAAAAAUAGAUUUUAUCAUUCAUUGUUCUCUACAAAAAUUAUACAGAGCAGGAACAACUGUUAUAACGGACAGCCUGAAUUCUUACUUCAUCGUUAUUGUAAAAUCAGGCCGUUGUACAGAGGCAGCAAGGCUGGAUCCAAGGACAAUUAACACUCAAGAUGCUACAUGGCAAAUGACACCUCAAUGCAAGCCUGAGAAACAAGGACCAAAGGUAGCUUCCUUAGUUCCUCGGCUGCUAAAGAUAAGAACUCUUGAGCAAGGUGAUAUUUUUGGACUGGCCAAUUUAAUGGACAAGUCGUGUGUUCUUCAGCUCAGUUUGAUCAGUGAAGGUGCAGAGUGCAUAUUUAUCCCCAAACGGCUGUUUCUGGAAGAAGCAACCGCUAAAUCCAAGCAGAUGGCAUUACAGAUGUUCAGCAGUUAUCCCACAGAGAGUACGAUCCAGGAGAGUUACAAUUUACAGCAAGCAUGGAAUAGAUACAAGAACAAACUUAUUAAACAGCACCUUAAAUGGCAUCAAAAGUAAUAA